AUGCCAUCGUUCCGAAGCUCUCGCCGGGUAACUGGUUUGAAAGACAGCGACUAUGAUCACGAGAUCAACCUGGUCAACCACGACGAUCGCGUAGCUUCGCCGAGUCUCGAAACCCCCCAAGACGGUCCUCGCGCAUCGACUGGGUCACGAUUGCUUCGCGACGAAGACCAAGAGGAAGGGAACGAAUCGAGUCAAGAAACAAGCCGUAAUACAAACGGGAAUCCAGAUGACAAUCCCGUUUCUUCCCGGGAAGCAAUAGGUCAACAGCCAAGUCGGUUAUCCCAAACAAGGGAGAGGCGGAAGAUCCCAGUGCUAGAGCCUCAAACCACGGCAGGGACCGGGGCACCCUCAAUCGAAGUUGAAGAACCUACGCCGCACGAGCCUCCAAUAGCAGUUCGGAAUGCCAGCCGCAAUGAUCGACCAGCAACGGCAGAGAGAGAAUCUGCCAUCGAUGUGCUAUGGGAGAACGAGAGAGGCUGCAUUUGCUGCAGGGUGGCUCUUUUCUCCGGCAAGGCGCUUGGCAACCUCGACCCAUCGCCUUGGACGAACCAGUUUCACAAGACGAGCCCGACAACAACCAAAACAGCCCAGGUUCCCGACCCUACAUGGGAGUGGGCGUGGCCUGAAUGGAGAGUUCACCGGGAGGAGGGCGUUGCAAUGGACGACUUUGGAUGGGAGUACUCGUUCAUGUUCUCCAAGAAGUUCUCCUGGCACGGUCCAAAGUGGUGGAAUUCUUUCGUCCGCAGGAGAGCAUGGGUUCGGAAGCGUGUUAAGAAGAAGCCCGAAGACGUCUCGGAAGAUCCGCACAUGUUGAACUCCGACUACUUCACAGUCACGCCUGCCAAUCACAGCCGCUCCUCUAGUGUAGCCGGCAGCCGUCGAGAAAGCAUCAGCAAGGCCAGCAUGCAAACAAGUAUCGCCGAGGAGAAACCAGACAUUGAGGACGUUUGGACGCUCAUGGCAGUCCUGCGGGCUUCGCGAAUCGACCGGGAAAAGAUCGAGGCCGUUGAGAAUUACCUCGCGCAUGCCAAAGACAACCUCGAGCACCUGCAGGAUGAAAUGCACGAUAUUAUGGGAAUUUUUGUGUUUCAGGCCUCGCGGAGGCUGCUACUGAGCCGUUUGACCCAGAUCUACGACGAGGCCAUCGCCGCCGACGGAAAGGAAGACGAGUCAGGAGAGAUGGGGGAGAGAAAGAAACACUUGGCUGCUGCCAUCAAGCAUGCCGACGAGGAAGUCAAGAGACUAUCAUACUGGAGCGAUGUCAAAGGACUCGCGGAGAAUGGCGAAGCGAAACACGCAGUCGAAGAAGGCGAAGGCUGGAACGAGAGCUGGCAAGGCGUUGAUCAGAGCGGACCUGCACACGCGAACUCAGGCGCCCUGCCUGUCUCGGUCAACAAGUAA